ACAAAUGCUGGUCGUUUUCGUUCUGUGUUCACAAAAAGGUGAUCCCAUGUGAGCUCGGUACACUUUUAUGUGGGUUUCUGCCAUCAACUGGACAUGCAACGAGGAUUUGCAAAAUACUGAAGUCUGGGUGGCAAAGGCAGGUGCGAUUUUAUCGCCAGUACCUUGAGUUCGGCAUUCAAGAUGAAACAGAGGCUGGAGCUUCAAGAAAAGUUCUUCGGGGGUAUCUCGAGCUCGCCAACAGGGAAACUAAAUUCAUGUGGCAGCAGGAGUUGGCGCACCUCCGGACACGUAUUCCUGCCAAGACGCCAGCACCCGCAAAUCUUGUGCAUGCAUCUAAGGACGUGUGCCUACCAGAACUGGUCAACAAGGCCCUCUCUUUAGGGUUGUAGUUUGCGAUCGAAACUAAUCGGUCACUCCACGAAUUGUUAUUCUUGGUUAGACAGAUCUCAAAGUACGUGCCAGAAGAGGAAACAGCCCAUAUCGUCUCAGCAAGUGUUGACGUCACCUCUCGAUGCAGGAUGCCAUUUUCAAAACUUUCUAUCAAGUUGACAUCUCGGCGGCCUGUUUCAUCUGAGAAGCCAGAUCAACUGGAAACUACAGCAUCGGAUACACAGUCUGAAUCCAUGCAUACGUGCCCACUGCACAUUACUCCAGAGAAGGCAGGCCAAAUAGCCAGCACGCCACUCUCUCGUAUGAAUGAAUGCUGCAUCCAGACGCUAAUGGCAUCUCGGCAACUGCUUGAACGGGAAAGCCGAAUCACUGGCACUUUCUUUAGCCCUUUGGUCACCAGCCCUCCACUGGCCCAGCACGAUGAAAGCUCAGAAGCCAGCUACACCAGUCCAGACUGUGGUAAGACUGGAGAAUCUUUACAAGGAACGAGACUACAGACACCAAGGGCUGUGCUGUGGACACCCAAACAUUCGCCAGCUGUUUGCAUGAAUGGCACUCCCGUUAGCCAGCCAAAAUUUGUUAGCAAUCAAAAAGUCUCUGAGCCAACGUGCUGUGCCAGAGCAACACAAACCGAUGACAUGCCGUUUCUGCAGGCACCACUGCAAUCCACUCAGACAGAAGACAGUCAUGUGUCACAGCAAGUCCAGGCACCUACAGUAUAUGCAAUGUGCCAGACAGACUAUGAAGAUGCAUGUGAAAGGCCAAGGCCAGUACCAAAUGAGCUGCCUAAAAAUAGUGUUGCUGAGCAUGUAGUUGAUGGCUCAACAUUGAUGGAUGUUGGCUACCAAGCAGAAACUUUACUGAAGCCUGCGGGAGUUCAGACAACGGGUUCCUGUUGCAAUGUACUUGAGAGACCACAGGUCGCAGAUGCAGCGAUUCUUUGCUGUAUGUACUCCGAACAACUUGUGGAGUAUAGCAUUCAGACAGAGCCCUGCCACACAGAAUUCAGAGCCGCGGAGCCAACCAAGCAGGAGGCAGUGUGCGAGCCUGUUGUUCUAAGCGACCAGGUGCCUCUUAUGAAGAGUUGUUCCGUGCAGGCUUGUGGUGUUCAAACCUGCAUAGUCGCAAAGGACUGUGAAUCGCAAGUGAAUGUAUCUUUAGCCGAGGAUUACAGAACAGAUUUGGAAAUCCAGACAGUGGUGCCAAAUGGCACUUGCAGCAACGUCGAAGCCAUUCCAGACAUGAAGGACUAUGCAUCACAAGUGAGCACAUCAUUGGUGGAGAAAUAUAAGAACGAUAUUGAAACUCAGACGGUGAUGCCAGGGAGCACUUGCAGUGGUGUACAAGUCAUUCUAGAUGUUGUAGACUAUGCCUCACAAGUGAACACAUCUUUGGUUGAAGAAUAUAGGAAAGAUUUUGAAACCCAGACGGUGAUGCCAGAGAGCAGCUGCUGUGGUGUCCAAGCCAUUCCAGUUGUGGAAGACUGUGCCUCUCAAGUGAACAAGUCUUUGGUUAAAGAAUAUAGAAAAGAUUUUGAAACCCAGACAGCAAUGCCAGGGAGCACUUGCUGUGGUGUCCAAGCCAUUCCAGAUGUUGAAGACUAUGCCUCUCAAGUGAACAAGUCUUUGAUUGAAGAUUACAGGACCGAUUUCGGAGUGCAGGUCAUGGCGGAGGUGCUUAGCUGUGCUUCACAAGUAGAUUUGCAGCUGACCAGACCAAAAGCCACGGAUUGUGCUGUUCAGUGUGAGUUGCUAGUGCAGGACAGUGAAAAGGACACGCCAGCUUCGAAUGUUGUAGACUGUGGGGUGCAGGCCACACUACUAGUACAAGAGUGCACAACACAAACUCAACAGUGCCUCUUGCAUUGCAAUCUAAAAGAAAGCGGUGUGCAAGUCAUGCCAUCUGUGCAAGACAGCACAACACAAAAUGAAUGUUUCAUAGGCGACAUGUCAGAGUGUAGUGUGCAGACUACGCCACGCUCCUUCAGUGAUAGCUCCACGCAGCCGGACUGCCAUGUUUCUCUAGCUUCAAGUGUUCAAUGUAGGGUUCAAGAUGUUCCAAUGACAACAAGCUCCGUGUCACAGGCAGAGGUAUCUGCAAAGUGUCAGGACAAAUCUGCCUCAAAAUCAUCGAAAUGUUCUUUUGCCAAAGAUGGCAGUAGCCAAUUUAGCGCAUUCUCAGUCAGAAACAUUCUAGCCGGUAGGCCUGGAAGUUCAGUGCCGCCAGAUGUUCCUAAAUUUAUUACAGCAAGUGGAAGUGCAAGGCGUCAACAGUUUGGCCAACCUGGUAGGGAUAUCCUGGCUGCCCUCAGGGCCAGUCAACGUAAAUUCAACGAGGAGGAAGGCCGUGCUUCCUUGCCAGCUGGUCACCCAAAGGCAGCAGACUAUACCCCUCCGGGCCCGCUAACUACAGCCUCUGGAACAAAGACCUGGCGUCACCAAAGCGAAACGCUCAAGAAAUCUGCUGCUGUCCAAGCAGACAUCUGGAACACUCGGGAAAUGAGCCUUAUGGAGCAUCGGAUGGACCAGUACAAGAAAGAAUUACAGCAGCGGGAGUCAGAGUACAAGCUUCAGGAGAAGGCAGCCAAAAAGCGAGAAAUACAGCUCAACGCUGUCAUCAGACAGUUGAAGAACAAGGAUAAAGACUUGAUGGUUACAACUCCCUGUGCAAGCUCAACGGCAAUGGCAACCUCGUCAGUGCGCGAAGCUCAGCAGCCACCUGUGUGCGCUGCCGCCAAACCACUAGGCACCACUGAGUCUGCCGCAUCCCUGGCUCAGCGACUGAAGGCAAUGACCCCGCUUUCACGUGAGGGGGCCCGGCUCAUCCACUUUGUCCAAAGCCGCAGGGAACAGGCCCUUGAAGAGGAGGUGCAGAUUGCACAACGCAGGGCCUCCCUCUCCUUCAAGACCCAGCAGCUGGCAUCUGCACAAAGGAGGCAACAGGCGUGGGCCGAGCUAAGCUCACACCCAGCAGGAGCUGAACCACGCAGUCCACUAAGGGAAGCGAACCAGGAGGUUCCACAGACAAGGUCCCCAAGGACUCCAAGGACUCCCAAAGAUGAUACGCUGGAUGACACGGAGUACAUUCCACCGAUGAAGUUCAUCCUCGAUGACCUGGAGAACCUCGGCUCACCACUGUAAUUGACGUUGUCCUUAACAAAGGGUGCAGUAUCGCUCACCCUGCUUUAGCAUGCAUCAUUUUAAUUGGUUUUAGCAUUUAAACUCCAACAACCUCAAUUAAAUUCAGCAUUUUAUCAAAUGCUUUAGACGACUGCACACACCCGCAGCUGCCACCAAGUCAUCUGGCUUCAAGGUGUUAACACUGGCAUGAUUGGCGACAAACCUUUUGAAGCAUGAAAGGUGCAAGCUGUGUCAAAUGCCACGAAGUCACUGACGAAGUGCGUGCUGGAGAUUCGUGUGAAGGCUUUUUUUAUUUAUUUCCAACAUGUUGCUGGUAGUGUGAGGGAUCCCCUCGCUUUCUAAUCUUUGUGGUAAAACCAUGCUGCAGCACAAAGCCCAUUGCAAGGUGUUUUCAACCACCAGAGUGGCCUUGCGGCGUAACCUAUACGUGCGCUCUAAGACAACCCAAGUGGAUGCAUGCCACAGUCGGCAACUUGACCAGUUUUAUCUCCAUGUACCACAACCACAGUCAAAUGUUUCAAGAUGGCAAGAAGAAUUCUAAGUCGGAUUUUAAGGAACACUUGUUGCCUUGUGCAUUUGUAAAUAAGAAAUGCGAGUAGAUAUAAUGAAGUCUUUUAUUACUUGGCUCGCUGAUGCAUGGUUACUAUAGAAGAAGCCAGGCCAUCAUUUCUUGCACAAAGGUAAAAAGAAUUCAGUCACUUUGUUGGAACUGUUUCAAUUUCUUAAUAAACUUGUUUGAAAACGAA